AAGAAAAUGGCGGCCCGGUUGCAUAGCGUCUGCCUGCAUCAAUUUUUAUUUUAAAAUUGGCCUAGAUGUUUAAAUGAUUGUUAAAUAGUGUUAAACAUGAUGGAAACACCGAAUACGUUACACAGCGGCAUGUGCCGAUGCUGCUCGUCGGAGGGCACGUUCAAAGACAUUAAAACGAAGUAUCAUUGGAUGGGAGAGGAAGAGGUUUAUGCUGAGAUGUUGACCGAUUGUUUUGAUAUCAAAAUACAGACUCCGGAAGACAUGGACAAUGGCAUCUGCGAGGUGUGCAUCACGCAGCUGCGGAACGCUGUCAACUUCAAGAAGCAGGUGCUGCACACCGAAGAACAGUUCAAGAGGAGACUCCAGGGACGGGAUGUUAAAAACCCUAUCAAAAUUGAAUCAGUGGAGGAUCCUAUAGAUUCUGAUCACCUGUCUGACCCAGACUUCACAGAAGAAUACGAGGUCCCCAUCAAACAAGAGGUGGAAGAGAAGCCGAAAGCCAAGAAACGCCCGGCCAAGCCCGCGGCGCCGCGCGCCAAGAAAGCCAAGACCGAAGCCGAGUCCUCCCAACGAACGGACGGCGACGCGCCCAAGAAGCGCAAGAAAAAGAAAAAGAAAUCGGACGAUAGCGCGACCCCAGAGCGCAUUGAGCACAGGGUCAACCUUACCGCCAUACUGCAGUACUCCAACGCCAGUCCGUUCCGCGACAAGACCGCCCGAGGGUUCUCCUGCCUCUACUGCUGCGCGCACUUCCCGCACAUCGACGAGCUGCGCGCGCACACCGCGCAGCAGCCCGAAAAGGACAAGCUCAACUCCAUGAUCGAUUACAAGCUCAGCUACAACCCCAUCAAAGUGGACAUCACCAAUCUCGAGUGCACCGUCUGCCACCAACCCAUGAGGGAUCUCGUCGAACUGAAGGAUCAUCUAGUCUUCGUCCACAAUAAGACUAUCUACAAAAACAUUAAAGACAUCAUCCUUCCUUUCCGUCUCGAAGACGGUCACAAUUUCACCUGCGUCGUAUGCUCCGUUGUUCACAUAUCUUUCAAAAACCUUUAUCAUCACAUGAGUAGCCAUUAUAGAAAUUACUGCUGCAACAAAUGCGGCGCCGGCUACAUCACGAUAGCGGCGCUCCGCAAGCACAUGAAGACCCACGAGCAGGGGAACUUCCCCUGCGCCUACUGUGAUAAAACAUACACCUCUUUCACAAAGAAGAGGAACCACGAAAAAGGCGUCCACACCGGCGGGUGGUUGAGGAACAAGUGCCCUCACUGCCCUGAGAUUUUCGUCAGUUACUACGACCGGAGCGAGCAUCUAGUACAGGUACACAACGAAAAGGCCGUCAAGUAUCCCUGCAACGCGUGCAAUAAAGUAUACAAGAAGAAGUUCGAGCUUAACCGUCACAUUAAACAUCACCACUUACAGCAAAAGAGCUUUUUAUGUGACAAAUGCAAUGCUAAAUUCUUCUCGAAACGCGGUCUCGUCGACCACUUGUCCAGGCAUUCUGGCGGAGAAGUGUACACCUGUGAGAUAUGCGCCAAAACCUUCGCUAGAGCGAGGACUCUGAAGGAGCACAUAAGAAUUCAUGAGGACGAUAAGAGAUUCCAAUGCGAGGUCUGCAAGAAGACCUUCGUACAGAAAUGCAGCCUGAAGAGCCACAUGCGCUUACAUCAGGACCACCUAGACAUUUUCAAGGAAUUCGAUGAUGUCAAGCACCUGAUAGACGACAGGGAGCUGACCUUGAAACAGAUAGCCGCGGAGAGCAAGAAGAAAGCGGAGGAGGAGAAAAGAAAACAAAAAUUUCUCCCGCUUGAUAAGAUGUAGAGACAAGUCAAUGUGUCAAGGACUAAAUAGGUUCAAAAUACAUAGUUGGCGUAAAUCAUGGUAAAUAUCUGCAUUCGAAUUUGCGAAUGAGGUUUUGAAUAAACAGGGUCAUACUUCUUGCUUUU